CUGCUUAUGUGUCAUCUUAUUACAGGGCUCUUGACAUAAAAAUAACAAUACCACCUCUCCCUCAAUUCCUGUCUGCAUUUACUCUCAUCUCUACCCAUCUUGUUUUUAGUUUCUAGCACUUUCAUUCCUCAACAUACUAUUAAUACAUAUCUGUUUAUUUCUUCUCUUGUUCCCCAUUACAAGAUAAGAUCACUGAGUAUACGGCCUUUGCUUCAUUUAUGGUGUCUUCCAGACCCUGAAACAAGGCCUACCACAUAGUAAAAAUAAUAAAAUCUCUGAUGACAUAGCUUUAUUUUCCUCUCAAGCUUUAUUACUUCCCCAGUAUGUGGUACUCCAGGCACAACAAACAUCUUGCAUUUCCUUAACCCUGAUUGCUCUAUCUCACUUUAUUCCUUUGACAAGUCCUUACCUUCACCUGUGUCACCUUCACUCUCCCUCCCUUCUCCUGACUUAAAAGUGACUAUCCCUGAGAGGCUUCUUCCUGACUGCUCAAGUCUGGCUGGUGUCCUUUCCAGGUGCUCCUACAGUACCUGUGCUUUUUUCUCAUCCACAACUUCCCUCUUCAGAAUCUAUUGCAACCAGCCCACUUCUAUGCCCACUUCUCAAGACCAAAGGCAAUAUUUUACUCACUGUUGGAAACUGGUAAAAAAAAAAAAAAAAAAAAAGUUCAGAUGAUGUGGAAACAAACAAAGUGGGUGUUGGUUUGUUUCAACACACCACAUAAGAUGGAGUAUGAAAGAGGAAGAGGAGAAAGAACAAGAGUGACGUAGACUAGAGAAAAAGGUUGGGGCUACUCAGAGUCUUACAAAUAGGGAAGAAAAGGAACAGUCUCAAGAUCCAGAUGGCCAAGAUGCUCACACUACUUCUCAGAUAUCUCCCCAACCUCACCCCCACACACUAACAUGUGAACAGCCCCACUGCCUAACAAUUUUGGAAACUUAAAAGCUUUCAUCCAUAGGGUGUGGGUUAUAGGGACACAUCAGGAAUGGGUGGUAUGCAAAGCAAAUGUUGUGUAAUGACUACGGUGGACAUGCUCAUAUUGAAUUGGAGCCAGUAGUUUAAGGAGAAAAAUAAAAGAAGACACAUGACCACUGUUGUAGCUACCGAACUCAGAGCCCAAGUGAAAACCCUUAAAUGUCCUAAAGGGCCUAUCACCUCUGUGCUUUCAUCUCCCUACUAUUCUGCCCCUUGUCUGUCUACACAGGCACACUGACUCCCUUGUUGUCCCAAAUAUCAGAUACACCCCUUUCUCAGGAACUUUAUUUGUAUCUUGGUCUUCUUCCUGAAAUGGCCUCUCUCAAAUAUCUCCACAGACAGAUUCCUCACUCCCCUCAGGCUUCUCCUCAAAUAUUUCUAUGAUGUGAGCCCUUCCCUGGCAGCUUCACUGAAAAUGUCAACUGCCCCCUGAUAGUUAUCUGUUCCCACAUUCCCUUUAUUUUCCUCCUUAAACUAUUUAACAUGCUCUUUGGUUUUUCCUAUUAGCUUCAUGUAUUGUAUGUCCCUCUACAUGAGGAUUCGAGUGGGGGGAGGAGAGGAAAGGGUGUUUCUGGAGGGCUGUCUAUUUUUCUUUUUACAUUGUAGGCCCUUGAUAAAUAUUUGUUGACUAUGAAUGAAUAAAGAGUCAGAUAAUCUGGUUAUCCAACUGAUAUUAUUACUAAUGAACUAUAUGACAUAAUGCAAAGAGCUUUUAUCUCAUCUCAUCUUUAUCUGUGACACAGGUGCAAUAAAGAGUGAUUUCCCUACAUCAAGGUCUGUUUCAUCAACUGAAAGAAAAGAUGGGAAAAGAAAAACUGAAGAAGUGAAUGGCCUUAUUUUGAAGGAUGGGACUGCGCAUUUAUUGGGCUUACCUUGGUAUUUAAAGAGACUAUGAACUCUUAGAGCCCAAGGACAGUAAAUGCACACUGGCUGCUGUGUUUGGCAAAGUGGCUAAUGAGGAAGAGCAGUGACUGUGGCUGACUGAGGGAGUCUGAGUUACCUGGAAGAGUGGAGACAGAUUGGCGAGAGCCCUGUAUCUGCUGCCAAUGUGACCUGACCCUCUCCCAUGCCCUCUUCUCCAUGCCAGCUAUGAGUUCCUGCAACUUCACACACACCACCUUCGUGCUUAUUGGUUUCCCCGGACUAGAAGAAAUCCAUUUCUGGAUGGGCUUCCCUCUGCUUUCAAUGUAUGCUGUGGCUGUGUUUGGAAACUGCAUCGUGGUCUUCAUCGUAAAGACGGAACGCAGCCUGCAUGCUCCCAUGUACCUCUUCCUCUGCAUGCUGGCAGCCAUUGACCUGGCCUUGUCCACAUCCACCAUGCCCAAGAUCCUCGCCCUCUUCUGGUUUGAUUCCAGGGAGAUUACCUUUGAUGCCUGCAUUGCCCAAAUGUUCUUCAUUCACGCUCUCUCAGCCAUUGAGUCCACCAUCUUGCUGGCCAUGGCCUUUGACCGUUAUGUAGCCAUCUGCCAUCCAUUGCGCCAUGCUGCGGUGCUCAACAACACAGUAACAGCCCAAAUUUGUGUAGUGGCCGUGGUCCGUGGAUCCCUCUUCUUUAUCCCACUGCCUCUGCUCAUCAAACGGCUGGCCUUCUGCGAAUCCAAUGUGCUCUCGCACUCCUAUUGUGUACACCAGGAUGUGAUGAAGUUAGCCCAAACAGACAUAUUGCCCAAUAUGGUCUAUGGUCUGACUGCCAUUCUGCUGAUUAUGGGCGUGGACGUCCUGUUCAUCUCCUUGUCCUAUUUUCUGAUUAUCCGAACAGUUCUGCAACUGCCUUCCAAGUCAGAGCGGGCCAAGGCCUUUGGAAACUGUGUGUCACACAUCAGUGUGGUAUUGGCCUUCUAUGUGCCUCUCAUUGGCCUCUCAGUGGUACAUCGCUUUGGAAAAACCCUUCCUCCCAUUGUGCAUGUUCUCAUGGGUGAUGUCUACCUACUCCUGCCUCCUGUGAUCAAUCCUAUUAUCUAUGCUGCCAAAACCAAACAGAUCAGAACUCGAGUUCUGGCUAUGUUCAAGAUCAGCUGUGACAAGGACCCUCUGGCGGUGUGAAGCAGGUGACCUUUAUGACUCCAUUUUCCCUUAUCCUUAAGGGCUUGAUAAUGACUGACUGAUGCUAGCCGAUAAGCAUACCAAUGCUUUUCUCUAAUUUGAUUUCCAAAUUCUGUCUCAGUUCAGAGUGAAAUCUGGGGAGAUACCGUAAUUCCCUUCCAUAGGUCAAAAAGUUAUUUAUAUCUUUACUAUAUAAAAAAUGCAAGUAGAAAAUCCACCAGUGCUCCGAUAACUACUGGUAUUAAAAAGAAAACAUAAAGAAGAGUGACAAAAAUACAGUUGGCUUUGAAACAAGGGACAAAUUAUUCUAUCUAAUAGUAAUCCAAGGUAGCAUUUUUGUCUAUCAAAUUGGCAAUUUUUAAUAGUGAAAAUUUACAAUAAAAAGAGGAGAUUAUAUUAAAACAUAUAUGUUUCCCAAAAAAUGUAUACACACUUUAACAGCUGAUAACUCACUUAAUUUUCACUCCUUUUCAUUUUUAACAGAUUUGAAAUAAUGAAUGAAGCCAGACAAGGCUUUGAACAAAGAAACUUUAUCCUAAAGUACCACUAGACAAAAUAUAAAGUCUAUGGUACGAAACCAGCAACAGUCAAUGAAUUGAGGGCACACAAAGACUGAACAAAAUGAUUCUUGAUGUUUGUGAUUCCAUUGCUUCGUGUUAUUAGCAGUUCCUGGACUAGAAUGAUCAGUUUGAAAACAGGCAUUGACAAAAAUAUUAUUCAUUUCUGUAGAUUCUUUUAAAUUUUGAAAAUGAACUGUAUGUUAAUAAACAUUAGCUUAAUAAUCAUUCAAAGUGUGUAUACAUUUUGGAGACACCCUGUGUAUUCUUGAAUAUCACAGUUGAUGAUAUAAUUGGCAGUAUGAAAUAAGAACUUUUUAAAAGUUGUAUGCUUUAAUGCUGAAAUCACACUUUUGAAAAUGCAUCUUAACAAAAUAUCUUUAAGUGCAGAAAAUGGGUUUUUCAAAACAGAUAUUAAUUACACCACUAUUUACAGUAAUCAUAUACUAGAAAUCUCCCAUAAUGUGUAAAAAUAAGGAAGAGCAAACUCAAGUAUGGUCCAUUUACUUAAUGGAAUAUUAUGUGGAAUAACUCAUAUUAAAAAAUAUUAUAUGGCCUUUAAAGACUCUGCUAUAAAAAAAAUGCUUUAAUUUAAGAAAAACAAUAGACACAUGAUUGAAACUAACUUGAAAAAUGAACCAUGCCUUGAAGGAAAUGUGCUCAAAUCAUUAGUGACUUAUUUUUGUUCCUAAUUUCUAAAUUUAUUUAUUAUGGAGGUCAUGUUUAGCUGGCAUGUGUAACUUUUUAAAGGGGAAAUAAAACAGAUAACUUAUAUAAACCAGGGCUUAGCACAUUAUCUGGAAAUUUAUCUAAGCCCUAAAUAAUAAUGUCAAUGAACAUAUCUUGAGUGCUUACAAUGUUCCAGGCAUUGUAAUGAGUGUUUUAUGGAUUUUAUCUGAUCUUCACAACAACUUUACGAGGUAAGUAUAUUUUUGUCCCCUAUUAUAAGUGAGAGAAAUUAGGCUUACAUUAACAAGACAACUCAUACAAUUUGUGUGUGCUAUCCCAAGAUUUGAAGUUACAUUUGAUGAUCAAAUAUAGUUACUUAAUUUCUAUGUUAUAUUGCUUCCUGUUUAACAUCUGCCAUUGAUUUCCUCAGCCUGUGCAAAUUCUGUUUUCUCUCUGCUGUGUGCUUAAUGAGAUGCAUGACUAUGUGUGUUGAGAGUUAACCCUGCCCUUGUAGUGGGCAACAAAUUCAGAUUACUUUUCAUGUUUGACAACCGCCUUUCAUAUUCUGCAUCCUGCUUCUUUCCAGAUUAAGGGAGAAUAACAUUUUUUGUCUAUUUACCUCUUGCACCUUCUCAAUUAUGUCUCCCUUUUUUUUUUUUUUUUUUUAGUGCAUUUUGUAUCUGUCAAACAGUUCAAGUGUCUAAGUUUUAACUUAACUACCAUGAGAAGGCUAAAAGACAAAUUCCAAUGUAACACUGAUGUUUGGGGGGCUAGCAAUCUGAAUCUGUACCCGUAACCUAAUGUACAUUCUUGAUAGCUUAUUAUUAACUCACUGCCCCUUUCCUCCACAAUCUGGUCUUGCAAGACCUGGUACCUAAAUGCUCACAUUU